UUUCGCUGCACAGACGAGCCUUCGCUUGUUCACGCCUCUCGACGGAAAUGGAUUGCCAGGCGGCCUUAUUUCGUGGCGUGCUUGUUGGCGACUGGAGAAGACCCGUGUUUUUCAGUGCCUGUGAACUGCGGCGUGGAUAUGUGAUGCGCAUUGUGCGCUGGAUAUUCGCCCAGAGUAUACGCCAGCCAAUCCGCACUAUGGGGCGACAGUGCUGCGCGCCACCGAAAUUUCGGGGCAAUUACGACGAUGGACCGAAGGUGCAAGUGCCCUCGUUUUCUGAGGACGACCGAAGUGGGAGCGUGACGUUAGCCGAGAUGACGUCGACAUCCGCUCCCUUCGUUACACGAAGAUUGACUCGUCUUUGCCGCUGUUUUUGGGCAUGCUCGGAGUUUUCGAGAUGGUUCUUCUGGUCUGCUUCAUAGUACAGGUUGGCUUCGCCGCCGACACAAACGCCAACGAGGCCUGUGGCGACAAAUACGCGCCUAACCGCAAUUCUGUGGCCAUCGGGAAGAGGGCGACUUGCCCGUUUACACGAGUGCUGAACAUAGUCUCUGACAGGGUGCCGCCGGAAAUACCCACCGUGAAGUGCAAGUGUCCGGGAAACCGGUGCAGCUCCGUGGGCGACUUCCGGUGCCUGGAAGUGCGGGAGAAGCUGACGGUGUUUUAUCCGAACUGGAAGGACGGUUCCCGCUGGUCGGUGCGAAACAAGACUAUAGUCGUGACCACUGCCUGUGUUUGUGCCAUGAGCCGAGCCGUGAAGUCGCAUGACUUGGAUGAUAGAAUAUUCAAGCUGGGCCUUAUGACUGACUGAGUUGAUGACGAGAGGCUGCGUUGAUGUCGGUGAAAUAACAGCUCCAGUGAACACGCCUCGCUCACACCAAAAGCCAUCGAGAUUAAAACAAUGUAAACACUAUUAUACUUUUUUUGGGAAUAAAUGUCAAGUAGCAGCUG